CACCACACAGGCGGAGCAUGUUCCAUUGUAUGACCUGUUCUGAAAGAGUACCGCGAUUGUAGAGGAACGGACUGUGGAAUGCGUGAUUUUAUUUUUUUUAAAAAAGUUUAAUUAAAACCUGCGGCCAAUAGUCACCCUUUUGUACAGAAUUGUUUGCGGUUGAUGCAGCUCACGGUAAAGUAACUGGUGGUUACUGGGACAAAGUGCGGCGUCUCACCGAAGGAAUUCCAGCAUCACCGGCGCCUCAUCCACCUUACUGUCCUGUUAGCACCUCAGAUUACCAGCCUUAUCUGCAUAUGAUUUGUGGUGUGAAUCCGACGGAGGUAUUCGGGAAUGUCUUUCACUCGUGUUUUUAAUUAGUCGCUAGUCCCUAACAGACGGGCAGGGUUCUUAGGUCGCGAACUAGCAUUUUAACCGAAUUAGCUAACCACCUAGCUGACGCUAACGUUGCCGGUCGUCUUCCACAAAAGGGCAACGUGUGGACAAGAGUUUUUAGCUAAUCUAACGCGUUCUCUUGAAUAAUUUGUAAGUGUUUGGGCUGCCGCUAAAAGAUCGCUACAGUUGUACAUAAUGAAUGGAUUCAGUACAGAGGAAGACAGCCACGAUGGACCGCCUGCUCCGCCGUUUUACGGACAGAGCUGCUGUCUGAUCGAGGACGGAGAGCGUUGCGGCCGCUCAGCUGGAAACGCCUCCUUCAGCAAAAGGAUCCAGAAGAGCAUAUCUCAGAAAAAACUCAAACUGGACAUUGACAAGAGUGUGAGGCAUCUCUACAUCUGCGACUUCCACAAGAACUUCAUCCAGAGUGUCCGCAACAAGAGGAAGAGGAAGACCAGUGACGACGGAGGAGAGUCCCCAGAUCAUGAGGUGGAGGUUCCUGAGGUGGAUCUUUUCCAGCUUCAGGUGAACACACUGAGACGCUACAAGCGGCACUACAAGCUGCAGACCCGACCUGGACUCAACAAGGCCCAGCUGGCAGAGACGGUGAGUCGUCACUUCAGGAACAUCACUGUGAACGAGAAGGAGACUCUGACCUACUUCAUCUACAUGGUGAAGAGCAGCAAGAGCCGCUUGGACCAGAAAGGGGACGGAGGAAAACCGCUGGACUAAGUCCUCCAUGGCGACAGACAGCAGCUACACCCAACCUGGACAUGGCUGACAGCAGCGCCAUCUCCACCCAAACCCCCGUCGGACCACAACACAGACCUUUACUGUCCUCUGAGGACAAUAAACAGAACCAGAGGUGGGAUGAGUCCGCUUGGACUCAUUUCUCGCGGUCCAAACACCCAUUUUCCUCUUCCACCAUCCAGACUUGUGACGACUGCGGAGGACCCGAACUCAGACUGGAACUUUUCUGUUUAUAUGUACAAAAAACAGCUUCUGAUUACAGCUAACCUGCCGAAUGACAUGUACAAAAUAUCUGCCUUAAGAUAACAGAAAAACACAUUUUAGUCACGUUGGGAUAUCUUCUUCUUUGCUGACUGACACGUUCAGAAGGAGGGAAGCUUGUGCCAAACAGGAAGCUGAACUGGAAGUUUUUUUGUUUGUUUUUUUCAUAACUGAGUGAAAAUUUGGAAGAGGGGUUCUGUCUUUACUGAUAUCUGUAAGAUCUGGUCUCAGGUUCAAAACAGAUAGUCAUUAAUAAUGUCUGCAGCUCCUAGAAACUUUUCUCCAAUGUUCUGUGUAAGUCAUGUUUCUUUUAAAUAUAUAUAUAUAUAUAUAUAUAUAUUUUUUUUUUUCUUUUCUUUUUUUUU